AUGUUGACGGUAGUUACGGAUCCAGCAGAAUCAAAUCAUCAAAAGUUAUCCCAUGAGGGUGGUAAUAACAAUGAAAUGCUUAGUCGAACUAUAAACAAACCAAAAGUUUAUCCUUUGGAAGAAUCUGUUCAUUUAGAAUUCCGCAAUGAUCACGUCAACGAAAAAGUUUUGCCACUGGAACCUGAAGAAUCAAGAAAAGAUGGUGUUGUUCCGAAGCAAGGGAAAUCAUUCUUUAGGCGGAAUUUUAAACAAGCUCUUACUCUUAGCGCUGCUAUCAUAACUAUAGUAUUAUCUUUGAUUGCAGCUACUGUGUACUACAUCUUAUCCUACUCCCGUCCCGAACUUAUUUACACUAAUAUGAUCUGGCGACAUGGUGAUCGAGCACCUGUUCAUUAUUUUCCAAAUUUCACCGAAAAAUAUAUGGUAGCCUUUCCACGAGGUAUCGGAUAUUUAACAAAGAUAGGUGCCGAACAAGCUAAAUAUUUGGGCCUAUUGUUACAGCGUCGUUACAUUCAUUCAAGAAACAUCACAUCAAAACAGAUUUAUAUCCGUAGUACGAAUGUCUCUCGUACCAUCGAAACUGCGAAAUAUGUUCUAGAAGGAAUGUCCUUUCCUCAUACAAGAAUUAAUGUAGAAUCAGCGACCAAUGUUGAUACGGCUGGUAAUCCAUUUUUUGAUUGUCCUGUUGCAAAUCAGUUUGUCCUAGAUCACAAGGAAGAUUAUUUUCUGCGGGAAAACUUCAGCGAAGUAUACGAAUUAAUGCAACAAAAAUUGAACUAUGACAAUGAACCAUAUGCUUUAUUCGAUACUCUCAAUUGUUUGAAAACACAUGAUUUAGUAUUACCGGACUGGUUGAAGAGUAAAGAGCUAUAUGAAAAUUUGAAAUUUUUGAGUUGGCGUGGCAUUGAAGUACAAUUUGGUAUGGGACCGUAUAGUAAUGAAUUGCAGAGAAAAAUUCGAGAAGGUUUCGAUAUUCUAAAAUUUGCUUUUAAAGGUGGAAGUUCUCUUCGUGGUAUUGUUAGCCGAAUCGCAUGCAAAGUGAAUUAUUUUAAAUGGACACCAGUUGAUGCUUGUGAAGAACGGUUCUCUUUUCAGCAUGACGUGACAAUUGCUGCACUAUUGUCCACAUUCAACGAUAUAUAUUCUAUUUUGGGCAAAUCUCCAUUAAUUGGUUUCGGUGCCAAUAUUGCAUUCGAAAUUUGGCGAAUCGACAAUUCGUAUGAAAUGAAAGUUUGGUUUAUUCGAUUUAUAGCAGUAGCAAGAAAAUAA